CGAUGACAUGUAGAAUUACUGUGAAACCCUCUAAAUUGGGAUUAGACGGUUAAAAUAAGAGUAUAGCUAGUAUUAAACUUUCGUGUUUAUGAUGCGUGUGAUGUAUCGUAGUAGUGUGUCCGUGUGCUCAUGUAUAUUACGAAAAUGGUAAUUCUGUCGGUAAUAUCGGGAAGUGAAAAAAUCGGCCAUUAAUCAACACUCGCCGCCACAUUGCAAAAAUCGCCAAAAAAAUAGUCAAAAUCGUCAAAAAAAUCAAAAUCGCCAAGUCGCCAACUGCAAUUUUUCAGAGCCAAAUGGUCUCUAGAAAUCGCCAAUUUGGCGUAAAAUCGCCAAAUCUGGCAACCCUGGCCGCGAGGCCGCGCGCGCGAUCUCCAGAGGCCGCGUCCGCCGCCGUUGUUUACAAGCUCGCGCACGGCGACGUCGAAGAUGGCGGCGGUAGCGAGGAGCGCGUCGGACGGAGCGGCCACGUGCGCGUGAAUACACACGACGGUGGGACGCGCGGCGAGGCCGACGGUGCGUCGCUCGUUGUUCGGACGCGCCGGCCGUGAGCGAGCCGUGAAUCGGACACGCGUGACACGCGCGCCUGGGCCCCCGACCGGACCUGUGCUCAGUCGCCAGUCGGCGGCGGCGGCAGUGGCGGCGGCGGCGGCGGCAGCGGCGAUCGAGAGAACGGAUCUUGCGCCCGAUGACUCAUCCCUUCGCGAGCGGAUGACAAUGCUCUUGUGAGAAGGAACGACGACCCGGACGCGGAGAGCGCCCUUGCGCCGCGCUCGCCAACAUGAACGCCUUCAAGGAUCUGCACGACGAGCCUCCUUUGCUGCAAGCCAUAUUUCACGGAAAUGUGGAGGCAGUUCGCACAUUGCUGUCGCAGAAAGAAGACGCCAACUGGCAGGACAAGGAGCAACGCUCGCUCUUACAUGCGGCAGCGUACAGGGGAGACACGGCUAUUGUGGAGCUUCUUUUGCUAAACGGCGCGGCGGUGAACAGCAAAGACAAGAAAUGGCUGACGCCCUUGCACCGAGCCUGCUGCUCGGGCAACUACAACGUAGUAGACAUCUUGUUGAAAUACAAAGCGGACGUGAAUGCCCGAGACCGCAGCUGGCAGACGCCGCUUCAUGUAGCAGCGGCGAACAACGCUGUGCAAUGCGUAGAACUUUUAGUACCGCAUUUGUUAAAUAUUAAUGUCACGGACAGAGGUGGAAAAACGUGUCUUCAUCACGCAGCGUAUAACGGACAUCUCGAAAUAUGCGAGUACCUGCUGCUAAAUAAGCUGGGCUGCGUGAUAAAUGCCUCCGACAAGAAGGACCGAAGGGCCUUGCACUUCGCGGCGUACAAGGGCCACAACGACAUUGUGAAAGCGCUAAUAGCCAAAGGCGCCGACGUGGACGUUAAAGAUCGGGACCUGUACACUCCGUUACACGCAGCAGCCGCCUCUGAUAAUGUAGAAUGUGUGCGCAUUUUAAUCAAAGCUGGCGGCGACAUCGAGGCCAAGAACGUGUACGGAAAUACACCGCUGCAUAUCGCGUGCUUGAACGGAUGUCCGCCCGUGAUCAAGGAACUCGUAGCUAAUCGCGUUAAUUUGGAGGCCGUGAAUUAUCGAGGGCAGACCGCGUUGCACGUCGCCGCCGCCAGUCUACACGGCGUUCACUGUUUCAAAAUGCUGAUAUACAACGGAUUGAAGGUCAACGUUCAGUCGGAGGACGGUCGUACGCCGUUGCAUAUGACUGCGAUCCACGGAAGAUUCACGAGAUCUAAAACGUUGCUGGACGCGGGGGCUUUUCCGGACGCGAGGGACAAAAAUGGAAACACCGCGUUACACAUUGCCGCUUGGUUUGGCUUCGAGUGUUUGACGACAUCUCUGUUGGAGAGCGCUGCGUCUCCGGCUACGCGCAACGCACAGCAACGUACACCCUUGCAUCUGAGCUGUUUAGCGGGACACAUAGAAGUCUGUAGAAAAUUACUGCAACUCGACAGCAGGCGAAUCGACGCGCGAGAUAUCGGCGGCAGGACAGCCUUGCAUUUAGCAGCAUUUAAGGGUUCCGUGGAUUGUUUGGAUCUGCUAUUGUCCAGCGGCGCCAAUUUCCGUCUUGUUGACAAUGACAAUCGAUUGGCUCUUCAUCAUGCCGCGUGCCGAGGGCACUACCCUUGCGUCUUCACCCUAGUCGGCUUCGGUAGCGACUCGAACGCUCAGGACGUGAACGGUGCAACGCCGUUACAUCUGGCUGCAGCGGCGUCCAAUUCUAACGCUCAGUCUUUCAGGUGCGUGCAAUACUUGCUGCAGCAUCGGGCAGACCCGCGGUUACGCGACAAACGCGGCUUCACCGCGAUCCACUACGCGGUGGCGGGCGGCAAUAAAGAGGCACUGGAGGCGCUUCUAAAUGCGUCGUCGGCGCCCUCGAAUCUGGCCACCUCGCCGAGCUCUUCGAUCGGGCAGGAGCUGUCCGUGCCGGCGCUCACUCCGGUACACCUCGCGGCGUAUCACGGUCACGACGAGAUCUUGGAGCUGCUCCUGCCCUUGUUCCCCAAUACGAAUAUCAAGGAAGACAGCGGUAAGACGCCACUCGACCUGGCUGCUUACAAAGGGCACAAACAGUGUAUCGCGCUCCUGCUGAAAGCUGGCGCUUCCGUGGCGGUACAGGACUCGAUCACGAAACGCACGCCCGUGCACUGCGCCGCCGCGACAGGCCACGCGGAUUGCUUGGCUCUCCUUCUGCAGAACAUGGACGUUCCCAACGUGGUGAACUGCUCCGAUUCUAAGCAACGCACAGCUCUAACGCUGGCGGUGGCCAACAACUAUCCGGAGUGCGCGAUGCUGCUGCUGACGUACAAGGCCGACUGCAAUCUGUCGGACGUCAACAAGCACACGCCGCUGUUUCGGGCGGUGAUCAACGAGCGCGACAAUCAGCUGGUGAAACUGUUGCUGAAGCACGGCGCCCAGGUGGCCGUGCAGGAUGUGAACGGUAAAACGCCGUUACAUUUAGCAGCGGCUUGCGGCAGAUUGUACGCGCUGGCCGCGCUCGUUAAAGCCGAUCUGACCGCGGCAGCUUUGAAGGACGAUCAAGGCUGCACGGUGCUCCACUGGGCCUGCUACAACGGUAACUCGAACUGCGUGGAGUAUCUCUUGAAUCACAACGUGUUCGAUUCCUUGGAAGGUAAUCCUUUUUCCGCCGUACAUUGCGCCGUAUAUCAGGGAUCCGCGCACUGCCUAGACUUACUGAUCAACAAGUUCGGCGGACAAGCGGUUGCCGCACCGAGGGAUUCGUCGUGUGGUUUAUUGCCACUGCACGUCGCGGCGAGUGCGGGAUCCGUCGAGUGCGCGCGAUUAAUUCUGAAUUCCGUCGGGCCGGAACUAGCCGGGCUCGAGUCAAUCGAUUACUUCGGACGUACGCCGCUUCUUUGCGCGGCUGUCAACGGACAGUGCAACGCAAUCGAGUUACUGCUCGAAUGGAAAGCCAACGUGCGUGCUGUUGACUCCAAUAAAAAUACAGCGCUGCACCUGGCGUGCCAGAGACGUCAUUCCGCCGCGGCGUCGUUGCUCUUAAACUGGAUCGAGUCGCUCGGCAAUCCCGACACCGACAAGAACACGUCGCAAUCGCAGCGCGUUUCCGUCAUUAACAUGAUCAACAAGCAGCAGAGAACGCCGCUGCAUCUGGCGGCGAGAAACGGUCUCGUCACGAUCACGCGACGACUGUUGCAAUUGGGCGCGAGUGUCAUAGCUGUCGACGCCGACGGACUCACGCCCGCAUUAGCGUGUGCCCCAAAUCCGGCGGUGGCCAAGUGUUUGGCUACUAUUCUCGCCGCGCAGGGUCAAAAUGGGGAAACCACGCAAUACUCGCCGGCUAUUCAGCACACGUUGGAGGUAUAUCUGAACGGUGUGGACUCGCAGCACAGCUCCGACUCGGAGUUUUACUGACAACGAGCGUCGGCGCGCACGGAUCGCCAGGUGUUCCGAGCGAGAAUGAACGUCGGCUCGAGACGCGGAAACAUCGAUGCUGCUAGACUGAUCUCCACGAGCAGCUGGCUCUUUUCCGUUCUAGUGUAAUUAGCCUCCAAUUCCGACGAACCGGGCGAGAUUGCCAGAGUGGCUGGAUCUCCCAUGGUGAUUAGCAUAAGUAGCAAUCGUGACAAUACCGAUGUCUGCGCUAUCGAGAACUCGAUAGAGCAAUUAACCGACUGCCAAGAGGGGUACGGACGUAAGUUAACCAGAGUUACUUAAAAAUAGCCGAUAGAUCUAAGUAUACUUAGGAGAGACGAUCGAGCUGUACAGUAUCCAAAGUCAUCCAGCUUUCUGUUCAUUUAAUUAUGCAUAUGCGAGGUAUAACAUUGUCUCACGUCUCGAGAUACAUUUACAAUCAAGUGUUGUAAUUUCGUUUCAAAAUCCGUCAAUUAGAACGAGUGUACAAUAACAUUUCGGACAUGUUCGGGUGCAUAUACUAUCCAUUAUCAGUCGCGUCCAGGAUAAUAUUUAAGGGUAUAUCAAACAGGUGGACACUACUUGUAAGACGCGCCGCGUAAUUAGAUAGUAGAUUUUCGGCGAGAAAAAUAUCGGGCGAGGAGACUAGGUCAGGAUUCGAAUCUGGGACUUCGCUUACCGGGCGACUGUUCUUCCUACUGAGGCCCGCUCGAUAGACCCUUUUUCACUUGCCUAUUCCCUUUCAUUGAAUAAAGCAGGGAAUAAUAUGAUAGUAGCGCGUAUGUUUGGUAUCUCACUCGUUGGUUUGAUAGACCAGCGUGGAAGCAGAGUGGUCAUAUUCCCCAACACCCCUCUGGAAAGCACCAGGUUAUGGAAGUAACGCCGUUACCGUUACAAGUUACUUUUUUUAGUAACGGACUGGUAACGACGUUGCUUUUUUUUGUAACUGUAACGGUAACGUAGUUACUGCUUUUUUUUAGCAACUGUAACGAAUUUAACAGUAACUUUCAUCAUUACUUUUCAUAAUUUAAACCUAAUUAUAAAAUAUAACGCUAUAUUUUCUUACAUUUAAUCUUCAGGCAUCGAUCGAUAUUCAUAAUCUAUUAUUAUCAUGGGUUGUUAUAUUUAAGACAAGCUUCAAAUUAUUGCGUUAAAAAUUUGAACGAAAAAUUGGGAGUACAAUAAA